AUGGAUCACAGAGUCAUAUACACCAAGUUUCCUAAUCUGUUUGACACAGCCAAGACCCAGUCUGGUAGAGUAGCGCUACAGACGAAAUGGCCAGUCUCUCUAUCGCAGGAUAUUCUCAUUCUUUCUUGGGCUUCACUUCUCCAAUCAUAUACAAGCAUCACAGAGCCGGUGUUUUCUUUCGAGGGGCACGCUGUUCAAGCCAAUGCCUUCCUCGGCUCCUGGAAUAAGGUAGAAGCUGAAGGCGUCAAUGAAAGAGAUGAUCAUCAUACUUCCAUCGCUCUGAAACCGCUCUAUGGAGAACCCAUCCUUGCGCUCGAGCUGUGGUAUGACAGUGAGUCUGGGACUACUGCCUUAGCAUCAGCUGGUUCUGUUCCAUACUCUUUCCUUCCACAAAUACUGAGCCAACUUGAGCACAAAAUGAGCAAUCAAGCAGCGUCAGAUGACUUCUCCCCCCCAAAGGCUCCGCUUUUAUCAAUCGUCAAUCCAGAGAGACAGCUCGUUCCUGGGCCACAUUUCCUGCAUCAACUUGUACAUGCUGCCUCACCUUCUACGACUGCCAUCGAUUUUCUUUCUUCAAACAGGAAAAGAGUCCAGCUUUCGUACCAAGACCUGCAUCGGCUCUCUGAUUGCCUAGCAAAACGUCUCGACCGUGCCAUUAAUCGGAGUUACGGUCAGCACGAAGCUUGCACCGACAGUAUCACUGUUCCCAUACUGAUACCACAAAGCCCAGAGCUUUAUAUCUCCCAGCUUGCUAUAUUGAGGACCGGAGCAGCAUUCUGUCCCUUACAUCUUGAUGUACCUCAGGAAAGGCUAAAGUUUAUUAUGGAAGACGUGGGUGCGAAAGUGGUAGUGACCACACAAGAGUGCAGACACCGCUUUUCUUACUCGAAUCUCGGCUUCGAAAUCUUUUCAUUGGUAAUAGAUGAAGAAGAUGAAAGUCACAUUGCCGACUUGUGCGUGUCUGGCGAUUUUCCGGCACAGAAACACGCGGAGAAGCUUGCGUAUAUCAUGUAUACGUCUGGCUCUACUGGUUUGCCGAAAGGGGUCGGCAUUUCCCAUCGAGCAGUUUCACAAGCAUUGUUGGCUCAUGACAAGUAUGUGCCACAAUAUCAUCGGUUCCUACAAUUCGCCGCACCAACGUUUGAUGUCUCCAUUUUCGAGAUCUUUUUCACUUUUUACAGAGGAGCUACUCUGGUCUGUUGUCAUCGAGAGACCAUGCUGAACGAUCUUACUGGCGUGAUGAAUGCGCUCAGAGUAGAUGCUGCUGAACUUACUCCUACGGUAGCAGGCACGUUGCUGCGAAAUUGGAGUACAGUACCAUCUCUGAACCUGCUUCUGACGAUUGGCGAAGUGCUUCCAACGUCUGUGGUUGAGAAAUUUGAGCCCUGCCCAGAUCGUGGACGUGUCCUUCUACCCAUGUAUGGCCCAACGGAGGCCUCUAUACAUUGCACUGUCGCACCCACUAUCAACAGUGAGUCAAAAGCUGGCAUUAUCGGCCAGCCACUCUCCACGGUUUCAGCAUUUGUGAUCGCGGAAGAACAAACUCUUGAGCCUCACAUCCUUCCAAUGGGCUUCGUUGGGGAGCUCGCUAUUGGUGGACAGCUUGCGCAAGGCUACAUCAACCGCCCUGAGCAGACUCGUGCUGCAUUUGUAACGUUGCCCAGCUAUGGACUUGUCUAUCGCAGCGGAGACCGAGCGCGACUCUUGCCAAGUGGCCAACUCGAGUACCUCGGACGAAUUGCUUCUGGUCAAGUCAAGAUCCGAGGACAGCGAGUAGAGCUGGGCGAAGUCGAGCAAAUCAUAUGUCAGGUCGAGAGCGUUCGCUUCUCAGUUUGCAGCAUCAUUGAGGGCAACCUUAUCGCUUUCUGUUUGAUUGAUAACGAUGCGCAGAUAUCCACUUCUCGUCAAGCUCUGCAAGAAAAAUGCAAAUCCUGGCUAAACCCCAUCAUGCGCCCAAAGGACUUCGUCAUACUUACUGGACAGCUGCCACGACUCCCUUCUGGAAAGGUAGACAGGCGGAGCCUGGAAAGUCUAUACCUCAGCCAACGUCUUGCUGUAGACUCGGCUACACCUAACACUGGUAGUGAGCUGGAGAGCUUCUUAGCUGACGUUGUUCGAAAGGAGCUUAGCAUUGAUACUACCUGUUCAGAGGAUCUGUGGUCAAAAGGACUCGAUUCGCUCCGUGCCAUCAGCCUUGCUUCCAAGUUGAGGCAUAGCGGCAUCGAGGUGUCAGCGACAGAUAUAUUGGCAGCUGAUACGAUUGCCACACUUUCAGAAGCCUUGCAGCAAAGGCAGACAUCUCAUUCUGUUAUGGUUGCAGCAAUAAACAGCCGAACGGCUUCGCCCGAGACCAUGAAAGAUAUGCUCAAGCCAAGAUUCAGUACAGCAGAAUUCUUGGAAAUCGAGGAUAUCGUGCCAUGCAGCAAACUGCAAUCAGCAAUGCUAGCGGAAUCUGUGAUUGCAAAACACGUCAAUUUCAACGGGCUGAAGAUCGAGAUUGCAAACUCGGUGUCUGUGGAAGACUUUAUGAAAGCGUUCCGUCGACUUGCUGAGCUUAAUGAAAUCCUCCGGUCUGGUUUCGUUCAGUUCGAUGAGCAAGAGUCUGGCUUUGCUCGCAUUGUGUGGAAGAGAUUAGACUGUGCUACCCGGAUCGAGUUUGAACAGCAUGAUCCUGGUAACGCGUGUGGACUAAACGAAGUCUCCGACAUGUCUCUUCUGCAGCCUUUACGCUUUAAGAUUGCCUCGGUCAUGAACCGCACCACAGUAUCUGUAUACAUCCAUCAUGCUCUUUAUGAUGGCUGGUCCUGGGAUCUUAUGAUGACCGACAUUAAUCUACUGAUCCAAGGGAAGGAGCCUCCUAAGAGACCUCAGUUCCAGCAAUUCGUUCAGUGCGAGGAGGCUUUCCUCUCCAGCGAAAUCGCUAGCACCGCUCAGGACUACUGGAUGGACCACCUCCGAGGCGCGGUCCCAACACCUUUGCCUGUGCUAAACAUGAGAAAAUGUACAGCCGAGAUUCGUACCUUCCGCCGAGCUAUCGAGAUAAACUUGUCUCUUCUAAAUUCGAUGUCCAAGGGACUGCGUAUCAGCCGGCACAGCAUUGCAUCUGCUGCCUUUGCUACUCUUUUGAAAUUCUACUGUGGGACCUCUGAGGUUGUCUUUGGCUCUGUAUCUUCCGGCCGCACACUUUCCAUACCAGGCAUAGAGAACAUGAUUGGCCCUUGCAUUUCAACACUGCCUAUUAAAAUCAAUUUCGAUCACAUACGAACAGUAGGUGAUCUUCUCUUGCACACGCACCAGCUGCAUCAUAAUUUCCUUCAUUUUGGCCAGGUGCCUCUUCGUGAUAUCAAGAGGGCGGCUGGAAUUACUGGCGAUCAAGUUUUGUUCGAUGCACUAUUCGUGUGGCAGGAGAGUCUUGAAAGCAACAAAGAGACCAAAUCUAGUCUUUCGGUAAUAGAUGGAACAGAUUUUCUUCAAUAUGCUUUGGUUUUCGAGUUGGAACCAGGUUCUCAUCAAGUUCAGGUGAAAGCCACUUAUGACACCUCGGUCCUAUGUACUGAGCAGGUCGAAUUGCUGGUGAAUCAGUUUGAAGCUAUUCUUGACUAUUACACUUUGGCCUCACAUAACCUCUGGGAAGAGAUUCUUGAUCAAUUCAAACCUCAAGACUUAUCAAUCGCAAAUACAACUUGCUCUAGCAUCGAUUGCACAAUCACAAUUUCAUCUACGAUUGAUCGCCUUGCGCGCGAAGAUCCGACGCGAGUUGCGAUAGAUUUUGUGGACGAUUUUGACCCACUCACCGCUGUCCUGAAAAGAUCGAGGUUAACUUACUGCGAGUUGAGCGAAAGAGCAGGUCUUGUGGCUCAAUUUCUUUUGGCCAAAGGCAUCUUGGUCGACGAGAUUGUGUGUCUGUUCAUGAAUAAGUCCAUUCCGCUCUAUGUAUCCAUCCUCGGGGUUUUGAAAGCUGGUGCAGCAUACAUUGUGAUAGAUCCGCAAGCUCCUCCAGAACGCACACGCAGAAUCAUCGAAGGUGUAAAAUGUCGCCACUGCCUGACAAGUCUCGGCUUUCAGGGCCACGACCUUCUAGGCAAAAUCCAGCGUGUUCUCUUCUUCGAUGAAAUCGCAAAGAGUGCACAGCACGAUGCAGUUCCCUGUACGGUUGAUGAUACAAACCUUGCAUAUGCCGUUUUCACCUCUGGCAGCAGUGGCAUACCAAAGGGAGUGUUGAUUACGCGCAAAAACAUUCUCAGUAACAUUGACGUUUUGUCCCGACUAUAUCCAUCGGUGGAAAGUGGAACACUGCUGCAAGCUUGCUCCCCAGCCUUUGAUGUUUCCGUGUUCGAGAUACUGUAUGCUUGGCACAUGGGAAUGCGGCUUUGCGCCACCUCCAACGAUAUCCUCUUCCGUGAUAUGGAGCACCUCAUUGGAUUGCUAAAUGUUACCCAUCUGAGUCUUACACCUUCCGUGGCAGCCCUUAUAAGGCCAAGUAAUGUCCCUAAUGUGCAGAUGCUGGUUACCGCUGGAGAAGCUGUGACCUCGAAAGUCUUUCGUGACUGGUCUGAUCGUGGCCUGUAUCAAGGGUAUGGUCCCAGCGAGACAACGAAUAUAUGCUCCGUUCGUUGCAAGGUCUCUGUUUCCGACCACAUCAAUAACAUUGGCAAUCCUCUUCCUAACACAUCGAUGUUCAUUUCUAAUAGUGAGGCAUUUUGUCCUCUUCCUAAAGGUGCUUUGGGCGAAAUCUGGAUUGGGGGAGACCAAGUUGGGCGGGGCUACCUCAAUGACCCAAGCCUAACAGCCGAAAGGUUCAUUGAUCAUGCAGAAUAUGGCAAACUCUACAAAUCCGGUGAUCUCGGUCGUAUGCUCCCGGAUGGUAGUACAUUGUUCCAUGGACGUCAGGAUGAUCAGAUCAAACUGAGAGGGCAGAGGAUAGAGCUCGGUGAAAUUGAACAUACACUUCUUCGAGAGACAGCCGUCUCGGAUAGUAUUUGUCUCGUGACUGAGCAAUCAGAGCAGACACCAAGUCGCCUCGUUGCUUAUUGGUCGUCGUUACCGUCUUCGAAAGUUGACACGAUGUCCUACAACAGGUCUCUGUUUGAGAAACUACAGUCACAAUUACCCACAUACAUGGUGCCAGACUACUUGAUACCAGUUGAAAUGCUCCCACUCACGUCCCAGGGAAAGGCUGAUAGAAAAGUCUUGAAGCAAAUGUACCUUAAUAUGGACCCUGCCGCAUUGAAAAAAUAUGCCAGACAAGGGGACAAUAUGCAGGAAUGGGAACCUAUGGACAUAAAUGAAACAUCAGUGGCUCGAGCAAUUGCGGAGGUGACUGGCUCGCCGUUGUCUGUCAUUGAUCGCAAUACUUCCUUCUUUGCCCUUGGCCUAGACUCCAUAAGUUGCAUCGGCCUUUCCAGGAAACUGCUUGAUUCAGGCUUUGGAGUUGUUGAUGCGUCACUAAUAUUGCGCCACGCUUCGAUCUCAAGGCUGCUGAGAGCGUUCUCAGCUAUACAAGUCGCUCGCAGCACUAAGUAUGGUGGAGAGUCAAAACUGCGACAGAUCUUCGAUGAAGAGUGGCAAGAGACCGUGCGAUUGCGAUAUGCUCGAAAGGGAUACUCUGUCCAAAAGAUACUACCAUGUACGCCACUUCAGCAGGCUAUGCUCUCUCACGCAGAAGGCGGUCGCAGUGGAGCUUACCAAAAUCGAUUAACGUUCACUGUUUUUGGAGACUUGCAACAGCUGCAAGAUGCAUGGAGCACUUGUAUCAGUAGUCACGAAAUACUCCGUACCGGCUUCGUUCUUACUUCUUCAUCUCAAUUUCCCUUUGCACAAAUCGUUCUUGCUGACUAUGUUGCCCCGUGGCAUAAUGGAAAUCGUGCCGACCAGGCGGAAACUGAGUGGGAGAGAUUAAUGGUUCCCCCCUACUCAUUCACAGUUGAGAAACAAUCCAAUGCGUCCCCACCCAGGCUGAUCCUGCAGAUCCAUCACGCGCUCUACGAUGCGCAAUCUAUGUCACUACUGUUUCAUGAUGUGGAACGAGCUUACCGAGGCGGCUCUAUCGAAGCUGUCGUUUCUGUUGAGCCGUAUCUUGAUUAUAUGGUUGGUCUGGCGGAGGAAUCCGCAGAUCAGUUUUGGCGAGCGCAUCUGGGGGACUACGAACCAAAGCUCUUGUCGCCACCCCCUCAGGAGCAGAAAGCUGGAUCGAGACUACAGGAAUCAAAUCAUCAUAUCUGUUCGCGGACGUCAUUAGGAGCGCUGCUGGACAGCAGCAAGCAGAUGAAUGUCACACUCUUGACCUUGCUGCAGCUGACUUGGGCUCGCCUGCUGGCCAAAUAUUCCAAUGGUACAGAUAUUUGUUUCGGAAAUGUUUAUAGCGGUCGGAAUCUACCUAUACAUGACAUCGAAAAGAUCAUUGGACCGUGCUUCAAUACUCUCCCAGUCCGGACAACCUUUGGUAGGCACGAUACUAACCAACAGGUAGCAAAAAGACUCCAAGAUCACACUCUUGCGGCUUUGUCCUUUCAGCCUUCAUCCUUGCGUCGGAUCCAGCAAAGUCUAGGAGUGAGCAGACUCUUUGACACUAUGCUAUUGCUUCAAGGCGAGCCACCCAAACUCUGUUCCUCUAUUUGGGCUCUAGAGGAAGAUCUGGGAGACAUGAAGUUUCCCUUGAUCCUGGAGCUAGUGCCAAUAUCCCAUUUGAAUCAGCUGGACGUAAUCAUGCAUGUGGAGCAAGAUAUAUUGCCAUUAGGUGCAGCAGACCUUUUACUCGCCGACUUCGAUAGUCUCUUAGGCCAUACGAUACGUUAUCCUGAUGCCCUUGCCAUCGAUUGCUCCGUUCUCGGGCACAGAGAGCCGUUGAUGUUGAUCAGUCCGACGAUAAUGUCUGGUGAAGUCACUGCGACGCAGACGGAAGAUUGUAGGCCACAUCAUGAGAGAGAUUGGUCUCCGCUAGAACGCCACGUUUUGGAAGUCUUCUCCAAAAUAUCUGAUGACCAUGUCUCCAGUGUGUCCAGGGAUACAACCAUUUUUCACCUUGGUUUCGAUAGUCUCAGCGCAAUACAGAUUGCGGCAGAGUUGAGGAAAGAAGGCUAUCGAUUAUCGAGUGGAGAUAUACUGGAGGCAGCUACAGUACCUGGAAUUGCCUCUCUCUGCGAGACACACUUACUCAAUGAGCAAGACCAUUUGUUGUUCGACUUUGAUGCUUUCAGUGAUAAGCACAUCAAUGAGGUGUGUGAGCGGCAUCAUAUAAGUCGUCAGGUAGUGGAGGAGAUCCGGCCCUGUACAACGUUUCAAUCAAGAGUCUUAGCUGGUUUCCUUCGCUCCACAGGCCAUGACUACCUCAACAGUGUAUACUAUGAGCUCGACGGUCACAUCGACACGCGCCUAUUGAGAAACGCUUGGGAAGCUGUGUCUUUGAGGCAUGACAUCCUUAGAACUGGGUUUGUCGAGAUCGAGGAUAUACAAUGUCCUUUCGCAAUGAUACUGUACUCUUCGAGUGCACACGCAUUGCCGUGGUUGGAAGACGACGGUACUGCACCGAAUGACUCUGCAUAUGCAAGAUCACUGCUCCAGUCGCUACACGAGCCCCCGUGGCGCGUGGUCAUUGGAAAUCUGGGCAGUCGCAGGACAAUGCGCAUCUCCAUGCUCCACGCACUUUUCGAUGCGAGGACGUUUGAGCUGCUUCUUGACGAGGUGACUACGGCAUAUAGAGGCGAGAGGCUUGGAAGUGUCAAUCCCAUCAAGCCAUGUAUAUCGAGGAUGUUGCACAAGAGCUCGUCCCAGCCAACAGACACAAAGGCCAUUAUAGGUGAUUCAAGUAUUGUUCCAUCAGCGAGGUUCCCUGAUCUCCAUUCGCACACUCCGGAAGACGGAGGCUUUCACACGAUUGAGUUUUGCUGCUCCCAUAGUCUUGCUCAGCUUCAGGCGAGUUGCAGAAAUGCAGGCGUCACAUUGCAAGUUGCUGGUCAGUGUGCCUGGGCUCGACUGCUAUCAGCGUAUACAGGGGAGAAGGCUCCGACCUUUGGCGUGGUCUUGAGCGGGCGUUCAGUCGAAGACGGCGAAGACUCCGUGCUCUUCCCCUGCAUCAGCACGCUCCCUGUAUCGGUCAAGGUUGAGGGUACCACAAACCGCGCGCUGCUUGCAGCGGCUACCAGGCAGAACUCAGCCCUUUUAAAGAAUCCAUUCGCGUUGUCACAAGGAUGGUCAAGUGCUCAAGGCGAUCUGUUUGAUACUCUUUUCGUCCUUCAAAACCGAGGCACAGUUGCGUCAUCAUGCUUGUGGCAUCUGCUGGCAGAAGAUGCUAGGGCAAACUAUACUGUAUCUGUUGAAAUGCUCAUCAAUGACCUCGAAAAGCUUUGUUUUCGUUUGACCUUACGCAAAGAUAUCGUCCCUAUUGAGCAAGGUAAGCUACUUGUGAAGCAGCUCGAUGCGAGUCUGCUAGACACCCUUGAGCGGCUAGAUGAUGAGGCUUCUAAGUUCAUCCAUGUUGGCAAAGAACUGAUCUCGAUUGCCCCGGCAAAAGAAUCUAUGAUAGAGACUAGAGUACAAUACCUGCAUCAAUUCGUGGAGAUCAUGGCCCGGGAUUCUCCAAAGAAGAUAGCAUUUGAAUUCGCGACGAACAUUGUUGAUGGAAAGGCCUUCAACAUGUCGUGGUCGUACUCCCAGCUGGAUGAGCAAGGCAACAGGGUUGCUCACAUCUUACAUCAGAAUGGUGCCAGUCCUGGUGAUUUGAUCGGGAUUUGCUUUGAUAAAUGCCCCGAAGCAUCCUUUACGAUCCUCGGAAUCUUGAAAGCUGGUUGUGGGUUCCUUGCGAUAGACCCAUCCGCUCCAGAAGCACGCAAGAGAUUCAUACUGCAUGACUCAAAAUGCAGAGUGCUCUGCACAACCCAAGAUAAAGCAAGCUCUACAGCGCUUAUAGACAAGCUCCAAGUUCUCAGCAUUGAUAAAAUACUCCAGGACAAGGGCUUGCCCUGCAAUGCUGUGUCCCUAUCGCGGAAGCUUGUCGGGGAGGACGUAUGCUACUGCCUGUACACUUCUGGAACGACAGGCACGCCCAAAGGCUGUCUAAUUACCCAUGGGAAUGCUGUCCAAUUCGUACUUGCAUUUCAGCGGUUGUUUGCUGGGUCUUGGGAUGCUGAUUCACGUUUCCUCCAGUUUGCAUCGUUCCAUUUUGACGUGAGCGUCAUGGAACAGUAUUGGAGUUGGAGCAUUGGCAUCUGCGUUACAUCCGCCUCGCGAGAUCUACUAUUUGAAGAUCUACCAGCAGCUAUACGUGCGCUACAGAUAACUCAUAUCGACCUUACGCCUAGUCUUGCGCGCUUGCUGACACCAGAAGAAUGCCCUUCUCUUUGUCGAGGCGCUUUCAUCACAGGUGGCGAGCAGUUGAGGCAAGAUAUCAUUGAUGCUUGGGGCGAUGUAGGUGUCAUCUAUAAUGGGUAUGGUCCUAGCGAGGUGACCAUUGGAUGCACGAUGUAUCCACGUGUUCCGAAAACAGCAAAGCCCUCGAAUAUCGGGUGUGCAUAUGACAAUGUUGGAGCAUACGUCCUGGAGCCUGGCACUGAACAUCUCGUGCUCAAAGGUGCCAUUGGAGAGCUCUGUGUGUCAGGUCCAUUGGUUGGUAAAGGAUAUCUCAACCGAGCGGAGCUGACAGCAGAGAAAUUCAGGUUCCUCAACAACCAGCAGGCGCACGUCUAUCGCACUGGCGAUCUGGUACGGCUUUUGCAUGACGGGAGCUUUUGUUUCAUAGGCCGGGCUGAUGACCAAGUCAAGCUCCGUGGACAACGACUCGAGAUUGGCGAAAUCAACCAUAUCAUCCACCAGGCUUCUAAAAUGAUCAAAGAAGUUGCCACAAUGGUAUUGAGACACCACAAAGGCUCCAAAGAGCAACUUGUGGCAUUUGUUGCGUUGUCCGAAAGACGUGCUGAUGCGGAACACGCCGCAAUAGAUUUCAAUCCAGAGCAUCGAGCACUGCUACAUCAUAUUCGCAGUUCCUGCAAUAGUUCCUUGCCAGCUUAUAUGAUCCCUACAUUCAUCAUUCCACUCGUUGCGAUGCCACUGUCAACGAACAACAAAGUUGACACCAAGCCUUUGAGAGCAUUGUUCGAAGCCACAUCUGCAACUGACUUACAGGAGCUGUCAGGGAUGGGCACUUCUCUACAGCAUAUCGACCCUAAGCCAAUGAGGACGAUCGUCGAAUCAAUUUCUCGGGUAAUCGCGCUCCCUGUGGAGGCUGUUCUUCCAUCAUCUAGGCUGUUCGAGCUCGGUCUUGAUUCCAUAUCUGCAAUUUCUCUCUCAAGAUUGUUGAAGCGUGCAGGGUUUGAUGCUGCCACUCCAUCUAUGAUCAUGCGGAAUCCCGUCGUCGGCGAUAUGAUGACUACACUGACAGAGAACGUCCCGAUGCUGGAAGACAACGUGACUGCCAGGCAAGUCGCAAGGCAAAGAAUUGUUGCGUUUGAGAAGACUCAUCGUGCCGCCAUUGAAAAGGCAUCCCAUGUAAGAGAUCACGAAAUUGAGAAGAUUGCACCCUGUACACCACUUCAAGAAGGCAUGAUCGCCAGAUGUCUGAGCAGUUGCGCGUCUGUGUACUUUUCAAGCUUCAUCUUCGUUCUUGACGCAGAUCUGGACAUCGUUCGCCUUCAGGCAGCGUGGACGCGUGUUGAAGAGGAGAAUGAAAUCCUGCGAACUAAAUUUGUUCCAACAAAUGACGGAUAUGCACAAGUCGUCUUUAAGGAUGCAGCGACCCCUUCAGCCAGGUUCCAGCAUCUGCCAAUAGUACAAAAAGCCGGCUACGAAGAUGCCCUCAACCAGAAUUUUGAGAAGUGGGCCGAGCGUGUGAGAACUUUUGAGGAGGAGUUAUGGGGGCUCGACCUCUAUCACGUGCCAGAGCACAGAUUGCUGCACCUUAAAAUCUUUCAUGGUCUUUACGAUGGCAUCAGCCUUGGUCGCAUGCUAGACGAAGUUGCUUGCAUUUAUGCUGCAUCAUCCACCCCAUCUCCAAAGCCAUCGUACCACGACGUCCUCCCCCUUGGUCCUCUGUUGCUUCCUGCCGGGGCAAAGGACUUUUGGACACAGAAUUAUAAUGAGGUAAGAUUGCUGGAUCUACCCCUCAAGCACGACCCGAAUACGGUCAUUGCAAAAUCUUCCAAUAUCGCCCUCUCGAACAACAUGAGACAACUUCAAAUGCAGCUCUGCGUUACAGAAGCCGCGAUUUUCCAGGCUUGCUGGUUGAUGACAUUGAAGAAGAAAUUCGAGAUCUUUCCAGCAAUCGGUGUUGUGGUCUCAGGCCGAGCGAUUGAUGCCGAUGGGAUGGAGAACGUAGUUGGGCCUCUCUUCAAUACCAUACCUUGUCAGAUCAACGCGGAUGCUUCGUCGACCUUGGCAGAGCUUGUCAAGACUUGUCAUACCUUCAAUGUUACAGCCAUGCCGUACCAUCACACGUCAUUGAGCAGUAUCCGAAAAUGGAUGGGGUUCAAGUCAACGGAGCCACUGUUUGACUCGCUGUUCGUGUUUCAGAAAGCAGUUACAACAUUCACUCAGUCGCGUGAGCUCUGGACACAAAUCGAUUCCAAGUCUCAGCCAGACUACCCGCUAGCCAUUGAGGUCGAGCAGGGGCCGGACCAUGCCUUUACAUGCACUAUCGUCGCACAAGGUCAAUAUUUGUGCUGUGAAGAAGUGCAAGAGCUUCUUGACCUCUUUGGGACAAUCCUGAUAGAUCUGCGCAACAAUCUGCAUAAGCCAUCAAGAUCUUUAAGAGCAGUGCUUUCGCGACCUCUUGACGCACAGAGGAGCAAGAUUGGCUCUGCCGGUGAAUUUUGUAGUAAGGAGCUAACGAACGGCCCUGUGCAUUGCAAAGAUGAUUUUCGGUGGGACGCCAUGUCGGAUCUGAUGAGACGUGAGAUUGCAACCCUUUCACGCUCGGAUAUACACGAAGUUGCUCCUUAUACCUCAAUCUUCGAACUGGGUCUUGAUAGCAUAGAUGCGAUCAAGCUUUCUUCACGAUUUAAAGCUGCUGGGACCCCCAUAUCCGUCAGCAGCAUCCUGAAAGCAGGGUCGAUAGCUGAAAUGGUGAAACGUAUUUCUGCUGCAGGAGCCUCCACGGGGAGCACUCUUAAAGCAGACUUUGACCAAAUAUGUAAAGAUCUACGGAAGAGUCUAGAAAACCAAGCUGUGCCGGUCGAGAAUUACUUAAACGUGUUGCCAGUCACUCCACUGCAAGAGACCAUGCUAGCCAAUUACCAACAAUACUAUUCCCAAGAUGUCCUUAGAUUGUCAGGGGACGUUCAUACAGAGAAGCUCAAAUCCGCGUGGCGUGUUGCUUUCGCCUCUCAUGAUAUCUUGAGAACUGUCUUCGUGGAGGUCGAAGACCCGCGAUCGGGCUCCAUCUACGCUCAGCUUGUCCCCCGAACCAUCGAUUUCGAAUGUAUUUCUACGAGUGUGGAUAGCGAAGCCCAGCUGCAGAUCCUUCUUUCUGACCAAGAAUCACAAGCGGUCCAGGGAGGCAUCAGUUCAGUUGCCCUGCGUUUAACCUUUGUGGAUAUCGGACCAACCACUUAUCUAAUCGUUGGUCUGCCGCAUGCUGUCUAUGAUGGCUGGUCAAUCAAUCUCCUUCACCAGGACGUUGCGAGGUGUUACAAUGGCUUACAGUGUGAGCGGCCGAACUAUGAACCCGUGCUGGAACACAUACUUGGUUCUGUGUCUGAAAAGUCAUGUUUAUUCUGGAGCAAUCAUCUUAGUGAUCUGCACACCAAGCCAUUUGGUUCAUCUCAAGCUGAGCGACCGACAUACGGCACGUCUAACAGACAUGAAAUAUCUUCAAGGGUGGCAGUCACCCCGGUAGUUGCGUUUUGCAAAGCGGCAGGCGUGACGUUGCAGUCUCUAGCACUCACAUGCUGGGCACUUGUACUUGCACGAUAUACGAACAGUCGAGAUGUUUGCUUUGGUGUGGUACUGGCUGGCCGUGACAUUGAGAAUGCUGAUCAGAUGAUGUUUCCCACCAUGAACACUGUCCCCUUCCGUGUCGUGAUCCAAGGAAGCAAGCUCGACACUGUUAAGCGGGUCCAUGACUUAAUUCUUGCCAUCUCUGAGCAUCAGCAUUUCCCUCUCCGCAAGGCCAAAUCGUUGGCCAAAGGCUCCGCUGGCCACCUGUUUGACACUCUAUUUAUGUACCAGAAGAAGCCAUCGCAGACUGAGCAGCUGAAGCCACUGUACACAUCUGUAGGGGGUUCCUCCAAUCCUGAAUACCCGAUCAAUGUGGAGAUGGAGCUACUUCAUGAAGACAUCAUCUGGAGAACGGCAUGCAAAGAUCAUGUUCUUGAUAUGAGAGGUACGCAAGCUCUGCUUCAUGAUGUUGAUUCCGUCUUGGAUUCACUUAUCAUGGAGCCCUCGACGUCUGCUUUCACGUCAUCGCCCGAUGGAUCGUCCAACUGCAACCUGCCUGCAUUGACCAAUGGAGUGACAGAGAGUCAUUCACAUGGUGCCUCCACGACUGUGUCGAAAAAGACGCACAUGCAUCAGCCCGGAAUUUUGCUCUAUGAGGAAGCGAUAAGAGAAGUUCUGAGCAAUAUCUCAAGCGUUGAAGAAGGGAAGAUCACAGAGUCUACGAGUCUUUUCCACCUCGGUCUUGACAGCAUCAGUGCUAUCAAAGUGUCGUCUGCUUUGAAAAAGCGGUCAAUAUCGCUACCUGUCAGUGAGAUGUUGAGAACUCUUACCGUGCAGAGCAUGGCUAAAGCUGCUAAGCCUUUAAUAGCAUCCAGUGGCAGGGAAUUGGCCAAUCACCGUAAGAGCGAGACAUGGCUGCUCGAUCAGAACUGUGUUCGGAAUUCAUUGAAAGAAGCGGGUAUCCUAGAAGACCAGGUUGAAGAUAUCUUUCCAUGCACCUCAGGCCAAGAAUUCUUCUUGGGAUUGUGGCAGGCUUCUGGAGGUAAGCUCUUCUAUCCUGAGUUCUGCUACCAGGUCCAAGGGCGCUCCGUAAGUCGACAGACCAUCAAUUCAGCUUGGCACCGACUUCUGCAAGCUGUUCCUGUGCUUAGAACAGUAUUUGUGUCCAGUUCGAACCCGUACGCAUCCAGGCUUCAGAUCGUUCUGAAGGAUGUACUCACGCCCGUGAUCUGGGCAGGAGAGAGGGCUCCGCAUACGAAGGCUACAAAUGAGCUGCCAGCACAUUAUGAUCAUCCACCGGUGUUCCUUUGCGCAACAGAAACGCCUACGGCUAUAUUUCUCAAGUUGCGAAUUCACCACGCUCUCUACGACGGAGUCAGCUUACCAAGAAUAAUGCAAGCUUUCAGGUCGUUCUGCGACAGCUCAAGUAAUCCACUAAAUCUAGAAAUCGGUUUUCAGAAUCAUCUUAAUUGGCUACAGAACGGCACAACCAAGGACCAGCGGAAAACUUUCUGGGCUUCAUACUUGAAUGGAAUCUCUACAUUCCAGCCACGGCGCACGGCUUCAUUCAAGGCCGAGAGAGUUGAAAUAUUUCGACCUAAGCUGGUUGAUGGUCUGGGUCCGAUUGCGCAGAAACUGAAGGAAAAUGCCAUUAGCUUCCAAGCACUUUUCUUCGCGGCCUAUGCUCGUGCUCAUUCGAAAAUUCUAGCGCGUCUGACCUGCACAAUUGAAGAACUCGGCGAGCUCGUGGUAGGAGUCUACCUGGCAAAUCGUUCCCAUGACCACGAAGGGCUUUCGACACUCUUGGCUCCUACGGUCAACGUGGUUCCACUGAAGAUCCCCGUCCGACAUGAGUCCUCUCUUUUUGAGACUGCCAGGGCGGUACAGGAAGAUCUUGCGCAGAUUGGCUCCAUCGAACAGUGUACCGUUUCUUUGUCUGAAGUAUACGAGUGGACAGGUGUGAGGAUUGACUGCUUUCUGAACUUCCUGAAAUUGCCUGGUAUGGAGAACACGUCGAGCUCACCUGAAACCGAGGUAGAAGUUCAGGAGGUAGGGCUUGAGGAUUGGCCGCAACACAAUAUCAUCGACCAUGACCCGCCGCUUCCCUUGGCAGAUCAUGGUAUAUGCAUACAGAAGGAUAGUAUCUAUCUGCCAUCAAUAGACAUCGAAGCAGCAAUCAGGGAUGACGCGCUAGAUGUUGGCGUUUUUGCUCCUUCCGAACUGCUCGACAGGCCGGGCGCGGAAAGUUUGCUGGCAGAGCUUCAUGCUUUAUUACGCAGCUGCCAGCAUUGA